CGUGGACUCCUUGCCAAGAGAGCAUCAGUCAAACUUGAGAGUAUAGCCGUUCUCGUGCGUGCGCGCCGUCGUCAAAGAUCCCUGCGUGCGCGCUCCCCAGCGUCCCCCCGUAUUUUACCGCUGUAGCCGAGCUGUGCGCCCCGCCGCCCGCCCACAACCAUCUUCUCCGAGAGCGUGCUCAGAACAUGGUGGAGCUGCUGGCGAGCGCAGCGCCAGGGUAAGCGCCAACCACAACCGGCUCUCACCGCCGUUCCCUUCAGCGCGGAGGAGGACCGAGAGAACGGGAGAGCACGCGACGCGACGCGACACAGCGGCGGCGCGUUCGCCUGCCCACGAAAAGAGCGCACUUGAACGGAGUUUCGGAGGAACGCUAAACGGACAGAGUGGGGAUUAAGAGGCGGAUCACGCUGGAGCGUCGGCGUGGGAUUUUAAGCGAAAGAGAGCGCGAUCAAACGACUUGAGGCCUGGGGGAGGGACAAAAAAACUUUCGUCUUCAUUUUGAACACUUUACAUUGAAAUCAUGAGAUUAAGUUACCUCUGCUCGAGCGGUUAAAAUGGAUUACACACAAACAAGGAUAUACCUUCCCUCAGCACACUCUGACUUGACAGAGCGCCUCGAUGUCAUCAGUGUUUUCUUCUUCUUAGUGUAAGUUGAAGUCUUAAUAAGUAUUCUUGGGCUUCUGGAGUCGGCAGACACGCACCGCCGCGUUGCACGCGCACGCGAGCGGCUGAUGUCGUUUGAAGUUGUCACGACGUCAGCGUGAGCGUGAAGCGUUUAAACGCGCUUUGAGAGCUGGAGCAGUGACGGUUGACAUCCGGAGCGGGUGUUCAGGAAAGGACGGGGCUCCUCCAUGGGGAUAGGCCGUCUUCUGACCCUUGACGGGGCAGGCAGGAACGGGAUCUGCCUUGAGGUUUGACGGAAAAAAAGACGGGCAGCGUUUACGUCUCAGGCGUUUAUUUUAUUCUCAGUUAACGGACGAUUCUCGCUUCUUCGUGAUGCCAGAACCUAAGGGAACACCUCGCUAGAGACUGUUUAAUCAAUUUUCAUUGCUUUUUUGACCGUAUAAAGGGAACGGUGGCGCAUGUUUAAAAAAAGAAAAGAAAAGAAAAAGUUUUCUCUUAGAAACUGGCGCCUUUUUUUUUUUUUUUAAACAGUUAAGUUAAUACUCUUUCGACAAACUGCAACCGUUACGUUUGGUGUUUGCUGACUUCAAACGGACAUUACACCGAAACCGAGCACGAGAAAUGAGUGAAAUCUGGCAUUUGGAAAUAUGAAAUAUAAGCUUAUAUUACCUUUGCAUGUCAUUUGGAAAGGGAAAGUACAUUCAAACAUUGUCGAGCAUUGGAGAGGGUGUUUGAGGGACAGUGUCGACUGGAUUAAAAAACUCAUUUAGAGGCGUUUCAGUACACCCUUUGUAAACUGACCACCCUGUUUAAUUAUUUUAUCGAUACAUACUUGCUCCUGUCGUGUUGAAUUCAAACGAUGUGCUCUGAAAAGCAGGAUCUAUCGGAUGACAGUGCCUCGGUCUCGUCCACGCGCACGGAGCAAAAGUACACACAUGCGCGUUCACGCGCCACUGAGCCAUAGAAUAUAAUGGAAUCUGAGUGCUGACGUAAUCCCAGCACGGAUAAGAAACUGCUCAAGAGUCCAAGACAGUCCAUCCUCACAGUGAACGCACUUGGAAUUAACUUCUGGCUGGACUCUUUUCACAAACACACUGUGCUUUUUGUACUCUCACCAAUCCGUGUCAAGUGACACUUCCUCUGUACUGUCGGCAGCAGGUGAUAUGUAAUAAUUAAAAUUCAAUUGUUGUCGUCCCGCCAUGGCAUUGCCAGAGCAGCACCAGCCACUGCACGAGACCGAGGUGAGGUGCGAUAGCGAAGGGGGAGCGGUUUCGGUGUGGAUAACCGACAGCCGUAAUCAACAGGUGGGUCCAGACCAAGAAGGCGACCCGGUCGUCAUGGGCUCCUCCAAACCUUGCAAAUACAGUAUCUCGUCAAGCUGCAGCUCAGGGGAGUUGGGCGUUCCCAGGGCUAUGAUGACUCACCUGAGUGGUCCGAGGAGAGUGCCGCCACUGUUUGAGAGGUCUGCCGCGCAGUGCUGGGACCCCAAGUUUAACUCGUCCAUCCUGGAGGAGGCGUGCAGGGAACGCUGCUUCCCGCAGAUGCAGAGGAGAUUCCGCUACAUCUUGUUUUACCUGGCCACCGCCGCGCUCCUGUGGGGGAUAUACUUCGGGAUCAAUAGCGCCAGGUGUGACCCUACAAAUUUCCUGGUCCCCACGGUGGGGUUUCUUGUACUGUGCCUCCUCCUCCUCUGGUUUACGUUCUCAAGGCCGUAUGUGCGUUUCUACAACCACACGUCCUUUCUACUUACAGUGAUCAUGUUUGGGAUCACCUUGGCGCCUCAAACGCAAACUGCUCAGUUUGCCCAUUUUGAUGUCCAAAAACCAGACAAUCAAUCCCUACUAACUACGUCUCAUAAUGCUCCAUGUAUAUCACCCGUUGGGACGUUCUCACUUUGUAUGGAGGUGCUGCUUUUGCUGUACAGUGUGUUGCACUUGCCCCUGUAUGUGUCGGUGCUUCUCGGCCUGCUGUAUUCUGUCCUCUAUGAGGCUUUAGGCUGGCUGCACCUUGCGGAGAUGGACGGUAGCUACAUAGGGUCGGAAAGGUCAGAUAUGAGCUGGCUUUGCCCGGGUAAAGUCCUGCUUCACCUGUGUGCGCAUAUCAUUGGCAUCCACAUAUUCAUCAUGUCUGAAGUGCGCUCUCGGAGUACCUUUCUCAAGGUGGGUCAAGCGAUCAUGCACGGGAAGGACCUGGAGGUGGAGAAGGCGCUGAAGGAGCGUAUGAUCCACUCCGUGAUGCCGCAGCUGGUGGCGGACGAGCUCAUGAAGCAAGGAGACGAGGAAAGCGAGAGCUCUGGGAAACGAUACAGCGCAGGUGCCUGCUCCGUCACCGCCGCAUCCACCGCGACCUCGUCCAGUCCCAAAAGCAACAAGCGUAAGAAGAACUCUAUCCCUCGCGGGCAAAUCAUUUUCAGGCCCUUCAACAUGAAGAGCAUGGAGCCGGUGAGCAUCCUCUUUGCAGACAUCGUGGGAUUCACCAAAAUGAGUGCCAACAAGUCCGCCCCUGCACUGGUAGGACUGCUGAACGAUCUCUUCGGUCGCUUUGACCGUCUAUGUGAGCUGACCCACUGUGAGAAGAUCAGCACUCUUGGGGAUUGCUACUAUUGUGUGGCGGGCUGCCCGGAGCCGCUCCCCGAUCACGCGUACUGCUGUGUGGAAAUGGGGCUCGGGAUGAUCCAGGCCAUCGAGCAGUUCUGUCAGGAGAUGUCGGAGACCGUGAACAUGCGUGUCGGAGUGCACACCGGCACCGUGCUCUGCGGUAUUCUGGGAAUUAAGCGCUUUAAGUUUGACGUUUGGUCCAAUGAUGUUAACUUGGCCAAUCUUAUGGAGCAGCUGGGCGUGGCGGGAAAGGUGCACUUGUCGGAGGUCACAGCAAGUUUUUUGGAUGACCGUUACGAGAGGGAGGACGGGCGAGUGAUGGAACGUGUUGGGCACAGUGUUACUGAUCAGCUGAAAGGUUUAAAGACGUAUCUGAUCUCGGGCCGGAAGAUGGGCUCUCAGUGUGGCUGUUCCCAGCUCAGUUUGAGUCCGUCCUCAUACACACACACUCCAGAUCUCACAUACUGCGCCGUCGCUGAACCGCUCUCACACGGCAAGCCUGCGUGCACAUCCUGUAGCAUCUCCAUAGAAGUCAUUGACAAUCCGAUAGCAGAUGAAGCGACUCGAAAUGGCUGCCAGGAUGAACACCGAGCCAACAGCAGCAAGUUUCCUGCAGGUCGUAGCCCUAAAACCCUGAAUGGUCUGUUGAGUCCUCUGUGUGAGGAGCGGGUUGGAGUCAGCCAGUCGUCUCUGUGUGACAAACUCCAGGAGAAGAACAGGAGCUGGGUGGGAAGUCUGGCGGCAGAAGGAGGCAGCGCCAGUGGCAUGGACCACUCAGCCAUCCUCCCGCUGCGCUCCAAAAACUUUCGGGAGAAAAGCGAUGUGCACUUUGUGGAGGUGAUCAAGGAAGACAGUCUGAUGAAGGAUUACUUCUUCAAGCCGCCCAUUAACAAGCUGAGUCUGAACUUCCUGGAGAAAUCUCUGGAUCCAUCUCAAAAAACCAGCAAACAUUCCCAGGUGGUGAAUCAGGUCCCGGUGCAGACGUUUGCCAGUCCAGUCUUCAGCUCGCUGCUCGAUGUUUUGCUGUCUUGUGCCGUGUUUCUCGCCCUGACCAUUGCCUGCUUUCUGUAUCCCCUUGUUACCAUGGAGACGCCCCUGGCAACCACACUCGGUCUGGCAAUCACAGCCGCUCUGCUGGAACUGGUUUCUCUCGUUUUGUCCAUUCGUAUGGUGUUUUGUCUGGGUGAUGUACAGAAUUGCACUCGGUCUCUGUUGAAGCUGGUGUCUGGCUGGCUCCCGCGUCAUGUGAUCGGGGCUGUGCUCGUAUCACUUCCUGCUGUGUCCGUCUUCUCCCACCUGGCUUACAGCGUGCAGCUGCCCAUCCAGGUGACCAUGUUCCUGUGCUGUGCUCUCAUUAUUGCUAUUAUCCAGUACUGUAACUUCUGCCAGCUGAGUUUCUGGAUGCGCUCUGCUCUGGCCACUGUAGCUGGUUUGUCUUUACUCAUCCUGCUCUACAGCGCCACCACCAGGCCCAGCGCAACUGACAAAUUUCCAGCAUCUGGGAACAUGAGUAACCAGAGUGCUGAAGUAGAUCAGGCAAGUGAGUUGGACUCUGCGCCCAAAGCACUCGACCUGCUCGUCCUAGAGACCGUGCUCUCCUACUUCCUCCUGCUGCUGCUGGUUUGGUUUCUCAACCGGGAAUUUGAGGUCAGCUACCGUCUGCAUUACCACGGAAAUGUGGAAGCUGACAAGCAUCGCAUCAAGAUCCAGACCAUGCGAGAUCAAGCGGACUGGCUGCUGCGUAACAUCAUCCCCAUCCAUGUUGCCGAGCAGCUAAAGGUGAACCAGAGUUACUCUAAAAAUCAUGACAAUGUCGGGGUCAUCUUCGCAAGUAUCGUCAACUUCAGCGAAUUCUACGAAGAGAGCUUUGAGGGUGGGAAAGAGUGCUACCGAGUACUUAACGAACUCAUCGGAGACUUCGACGAACUGUUGCGCAAGCCGGCAUUCUCAAAUGUAGAGAAGAUUAAAACCAUUGGUGCCACCUACAUGGCGGCAUCUGGAUUAAAUGGGCAGCAGUGCCAAGAACAGCCACAUCCACACGCCCACCUACGUGCCCUCUUUGACUUCGCCCUUGAAAUGAUGCGCGUGGUGGACGAUUUUAACAAGAACAUGUUGGGUUUCAAGUUCAAGCUGAGAAUUGGCUUCAACCACGGGCCCCUGACUGCCGGCGUCAUCGGCACUACCAAGCUGCUUUAUGACAUAUGGGGCGACACGGUCAACAUCGCUAGCCGCAUGGACAGCACGGGAGUGGAGUGCCGCAUACAGGUUAGCGAAGAGAGCCACUGUGUGCUCAGCAGAAUGAACUACGCCUUUGAUUAUCGUGGCACUGUAAACGUGAAAGGGAAAGGGCAGAUGAGGACUUACCUGUAUCCCCAAAUGAACGAAGGCAGAUCGGGGUCCACUCAAAGCCUGGAACAAGGCCAGGUGGACGGUGCCGUUGGGUAUUUAGAGCCCAACACACUUGCCAAUACAACAUCAACAACACCUGCUGCACCACUAAACCCUCCCUGCACCUCUCCCAAUGUUGCCUCUAUCAGUGGCCACGGUGUGCCUCAGGGCCGUGUAUUAGGCCCGUCUCAAAUUACAGAGGAGUUGCACCAAGACACUAAGGGCAAUUCUCCUGUCCCUGAGCUCAAAGAAAAGGAUUACGAGAGUUCUUAUCAAGCACCAUCGCUAAGUGGUACACAACCUCCCUCAAUAACACAACUGUACGCACCGUUAGCCAGACCAGAGACACCUUUACAAGGAGAGGAAGAUGAAGAUGCAGAUGAGUGUACAAAGCUCAGGGCAGUGGAGUGAUUCAGAUUUCCUCCUCACCUCGGCUGACCUUCUUCAAGAGCCAAUCCGCAGAUAAUUUUCAGGCUCUACUUCCUUCAAGGGGCUUUUCUGACCACAACUGUUGGAGUUCCAAUGAGUAGCAUUAGCCUGUAUAGGGCAUAUGUGUUGAUAACGUGACCUAAAUAAAAAAAUGGGUGCGCUAAGCAUCUGCUGUGUGGAUCACAGUGUAGCACAGUGGGGGGAAAUGGAUGGAGUUAAUAUUUCUGAUGUUCUCUAAUUUUUUUGUUUUGUUUUGUUUAUAAAGUGCCUUCACGAUAUGCAAGAUACGUCAAAUGAACAAAGGAAAGAGAUUUUUUAACAAAUAUAUCAGCAUGGCUUUUUGAAGAGAGUGAAAAAUGACUUUUUUUUAAUGUAUUCCACCUCUAAUGCCAUAUUAUUUUGUUCAUUUAUUUCAGUAUUUUCAAAAACGAGCCAGUUGCUAAUUAAAAUCAGGAUUACAGGCUAAUGUUUUAAAGUAAUUAUAAUGAAUAUACAGUCAGUGUAUUAGUUUCGCUGCUCUACUACGUGGGCGGUCACCUAUAUCUCAUUAAGAUAAAACUAAGGAAGACAAGGGCGGAUAGAUAAAGAUGGGCUUCCGGCACUUCUUUCCACAAUGCCCAUAUUAAUAUCCAGUAUAUCUGGCAGCAAACAAUGUAGCUUUUAUUAAAGGGAGGUAAAAGUGGCUCACACACAAUCAGCCUUAUUUGUUUGAAUCACAAUCAAGUAAAUGGCAGAAACCAUGCUGUGUGCUUUCUCCCCUUCAUUAGAGGACACAAGGAUUGUAAUGCAUUCGGAAAUUCAGAGUAUAAUGUUUGUUGAAAACAUUCUGUGUUUGGAGGUUCAGUGCAUUUUUUUUUUGCAUAAAAUUUAGCCCCACAAUUUAACAUUUCUCAUUGCCCGAGGGAACAUCCUACAGGAUUCAAAAUUAAAUGAAUAAAUCUAAUUUCUCAGAACGGCACUUGCAAUAUUUAAGGAUCUUAACACAGCAGAACUAGCUCCUCUGUGUACUUUUACCUAAAUAUAUCCAGUAAACUCCAUCCUACGAAGCCUUCAGUGAAGUGGUCAGUUGAACAGAUUUUGUAGCUGAAUUGUUUAUCAGUGCAUUUGAAUUCAUUUCAUUCAGUGCCUCAGAUUUUCAUAUCAGAAUCGGUUGUUUUUCACUGUGAUCGUGAGUUGGUUUCGCCAGUUCGCCGUAGUUUUUAUUGAUCACCGUACACUUGUGAUACCAGAUCACUCCAUGGCCUUGUGGAAGAAAGUUCUUGUGCUGCCGUAAGUUGGAGAGCGGCUUGCAAUUUUGUUAUAAUAUGUCUACUUUUUCCGAUUAUCUUUUUUUUUUUUUUUGAGUGUCAAUUCUGUUGAGAUUUUGACAGCAGCUCUUCAAAAAAAAAUUUUUUGACAGUUGUGCAGAGAUCUGAUUUUCUUUGCUUUUCUUUACCUAGUUUUUUUUGUUUCUGAUGCAUUCAGAACACUAGAGAAUAAUCUGCAGUAUCUCUUGCGAUGCGUCUUACAUUUCAAUCAUCAAUCAAACAAAGCAAUUUUAGUUUCUCAAAGCAAAACAAGUCCUUUAUUAGGAUCUGUUAUCUUCUGCCAUUGUGUAUAACGGAUAAGCUUGGCUCUGAGGUUUGAGGAGGACAGAUUUCUUUCUUUCUUUCGGUUUACAGAGCAGUUCUCAAAAACUGAAAAAAUCCAGUGCCUUUUUGUUCACUCUUUUCCCCCUCAACUGUAACACCAGGUUGCUUCAGAGUCAAAAUAUCAGGGUGUCUUUUGACGCCACAGCUUUCAGAACACCUGCAAUAUUACGUUAUUGUAUCAUAUUAUUAUUUCCUCUUUGAUGUGAAUUAUAAUUCCAGCCUUUUUU